AUGACAAAAUCAUAUGACCGUCGAAGGGGAGCUGAUGUUCCUUCAAUUCUUCCUGCGUGCGAAAGGGAUAUCCUCAAUGCUAGGCUUACACCCCGCGUUACAUGCACACACAAUGAAGACGUUGAUGAUGAAGAUGAUGCCGAAGAUAACAUCCGCCAGUUCGAUGGCGUGGCCCAUCGCCGUUUCUUUAUUAGCCCCAAAGAACUAUCCAACCUCGGCACAAUGAUUCCUUCUCUUUUAAGUCGUUGUACAGCCCUUGAAGUAUUGAGUGCAUGCGCGUGGAGAUGCUAUACUAUAGCAUCUAGAUCAAAUCCCAAGGCAAAGGAAAAAGGUAGCUCUAACAAGUUAACAACUGUUGGUGAGCUUUGUCAAAACCCAUUGGGGUAUGCCCUAGAGUUGAUCAGGGAUACCAAGGCUGUAGUAACUGAGGAAUACAUGAGAUCUUUGGCAGAUCUAAUGGUGAUCAAGCGCCAGCCUAAAGGAUUGGAGUUGUGUCAGAUGUUAGAAGAAUAG